CUUCUAGAUUCUAAUUAUAAUCAAAACCCAUGCAUGCAAAAUGCGAAAUAACAAAGGAAUUGAAGUUGCGUUUGUUUGUGCAAAGAAAAAAAAUCCCCAAGUUUGGUGAUGUUAGUUCAUCUCCUAUGCUUCUCUUAUUCUUCACACUUAUUCAAAAUUCUACUCAUAUCUCUCUCUAUCUUUAGUAUUAACUAAGUGGGAUUUUUUUAUCACCAUCUUUCUAGUUUCUCAUCUAACUCAUCUUCUCUAAGGAAAUGGAACUACCGGUUACUUCUCCGGUUUCAAGUAGCCGGAGAACUCCAUACAGAAUAGAAACCAAGAAGCUCUCAUACAGACUGCGCGGAGAUAUCAGCGAAUUCAAUUGGUUUUGUUGCGGAAGGACUAGUCCAAAUACUGAUACUAAUAGUAGGUACAUUCUAGAGGAUGUACACUUUGAAGCCAAACCCGGUGAGAUUACGGCAAUUGCAGGUCCUUCUGGUGCUGGAAAGACCACUCUGUUAGAAGUUCUUGCAGGGGUGGUACCGCAGAGUAGAGUUUCAGGAUGCGUCUUUGUUAACGAUCGACCAAUGGUGGCUAGGCAUUUUCGGAGAAUUUCAGGUUAUGUUACUCAAGAUGAUGCUCUUUUUCCGUUGCUUACUGUGGAGGAAACGCUUCUAUACAGUGCACGUCUUCGGCUUCGUGGAGGGAUUAGUGAAGCUAUAAUUAGAGUGAGACAGUUGUUGAAGGAGUUAGGUUUAGAUCAUGUUGCAGGUUCAAGAAUUGGUCGGAUUUCAGGCGGUGAAAAGAGAAGAGUUUCGAUUGGUGUUGAUUUAGUUCAUGAUCCAGCUAUUCUUUUGAUUGAUGAACCCACUUCUGGACUGGAUUCGGCUUCUGCACUUCAUGUAAUUAUGCUACUUAAGUCGAUGGUGGUGAACCAAGGAAAGACAAUUGUUCUUACUAUCCAUCAACCUGGUUUUCGAAUUCUGGAAUUAUUUGGUAAAAUUUUGUUACUUUCAAGUGGAACUGUUCUUCACCAUGGAUCAUUUCAAGUUCUCGAAGAACGGCUUAAACUUGCAGGUCAUUGUAUUCCUAAGCACGUUAACGUGCUAGAGUUUGCUAUUGAUGUCAUAGAAAGCCUGGUUUUGCAGAAAUCAACUACUCCUGACAAUCAAUUAUUUCUCAUAGACAAGGAUCAAGACAACAACAACAAAGAAGAAAAGAUGCAUAACUUGGUGAUGAUAACUCCAAAUUCAGAUUCACACUUUGCUGAUGAGACAAAGAACAUGGGAUAUCCGAAUUCUCAACUUGAGGAAAUUUUGAUAUUAGCCCAGAGAUUUUGCAAUAACAUUUUUAGAACCAAACAACUUUUUGCUGCACGAAUGCUUCAAGCAGUACUGGCUGGUUUUGUUCUCGGUACCAUUUUCAUGAAUGCUAACAAUGACAGCAGUAAACAGGUGACAUUACAAACCCGGGUUGGAUUUUUCGCAUUCACCCUCACUUUUUUGCUCUCCACUACAACAGAAGGAUUACCUAUUUUCUUACAAGAGAGGAGAAUUUUGAUGAGAGAGACUUCAAGAGGAGCCUAUCGAGUACUCUCUUACGUUAUGGCAAACACCCUCGUCUUUCUUCCUUUCCUUCUAACUGUUGCUCUUCUUUACACAACCCCUGUUUACUGGCUUGUUGGUCUGAGAAAGGAUUUGGAUGGAUUCCUCUACUUUUCACUGGUGGUUUGGUUGGUCGUUUUAAUGUCAAAUUCUCUUGUGGCUUGUUUCAGUGCUCUAGUGCCAAAUUUCAUCAUGGGAACUUCGUUGAUUGCCGGGUUAAUGGGAUCAUUUUUUCUAUUUUCGGGUUAUUUUAUAACUAAGAAGAACAUACCCAGGUACUGGAUUUUCAUGCACUACUUGAGCCUAUUUAAGUACCCAUUUGAGUGUUUUAUGAUAAAUGAGUAUGGAGGGGAUAAGGGAAGGCAGAGGUGUUUACAGAGUGUUGGAGAUGUCUGCAUUCUUUACGGUGAUGAGUUUUUGAGACAACAAGAUGUCGAACAGUCAAUGAAAUGGACAAACUUAGGUGUAAUGUUAGGGUUUAUAUUUGGUUACAGAGUAUUGUGUUUCCUUAUCUUAUGGUAUAGAUGUUACAGAACUAGAAACUAAACAUGCUUUCCUAACCAUUAAAUAACUAUUUCUAGGAUUUUAUUCAAUUUAAAUUGCACAAUGUGUUAUGAUUUCAUUUCCUGAUUUAUAUAAAUCAAAUUA